CCUCCUCUCUGUGGUUUGUUAACAUUGAGAGACGGGUGGGCAGGACUCAGAUUGCCAAAGCAUUUUCAAUAAGGUAGAAUUGUGAGAAAGUCUUUCCCUGGUCAUAUUUUUGAUUAUUUUCUCCCCAGCUUUAUUGAGAUAUAGCUGACAUAUAACAUUGUGUAAGUUUAAGUUAUGUAACGUGUCCGUUUGAUCCACUAAUAUAUUGCAGAAUGGUUCUCACCAUAGCAUUAGCUACCAUGGCUCCAUCAUGUCACAUAAUUACCAUUUCUUUUUUUGUGGUGAGAACAUUUAACUCUCUUAGCAACUUUCAAGUAUAUAAUACAGUUUUGUUAAUAUCUUCAUGCUGUACGUUAUAUCCUCGGACUUACCUUAUAACUGGAAGUUUGUACCCUUUGGCCAACAUCUCCCCAUUUCCCCCUCCCUCCGGUCCCUGGCAACCACCAUUCUACUCUUGGUUUCCAUGAGUUAAGCUUUUUUAGAUUUUCUGUAUAAAUGAGAUAAUGCAGUAUUUGUCUUCCAUUGACUUAUUUCACUUAGUAUAAUGCCAUCAAGGUCCAUCCACGUUGUUGCAAGUGGUACUUUUUGACUAUGUCAAAGAGCACAUCUCAGGAUAGGAUAGGUCUUUAACUGCUUGGUCCUUGAUUGGAUAGGUCCUUAACUGCUCCUCAGAAGACUGGCUAAUCUCCAUUCUUAUCAGAGGCUCCACACCUCUGCAGGCGAGGAGAUUCGACUAGGGUUAAUUUAAAGUUGGUUUCUCAGCACUGCUGACACUUGGAGACAGAUCAUUCUCUGUGGUGGCACCAUCCUGUGCAUCGUGGGGUGUUAAGCAGCAUCCCUGAGCUCCACCCAGUAGAUGCCAGUAGCUCCCCCUCCCCCAGUCGUGACAACCAAAAAUGUCUCCAGACAUUGCAAUGUCCCCUGGGGGGUAGGGGAGAAGAAUGGCCCCCAGCUGAGAAUUGCUGGCUUAACUAGUACACCUGGUGGCCAGAAGGUCAUUGGAGGGGACAGUGAGCUCAAGAUGGGGUAGGGGCUCCCAUUAAGUGCUCAUCCUUCAGGCCCAGAGCUGGGCAUGGCUCCCAGCAUCCCACUGCCUCCCUCUGCACACCUGGGCCCAGGCUCAACUUUCAUGGAGCCCCUGGGGACGCAGGUGUUCGGGAGGCUGGCUGGUCCCCAAUGCCGAGCGCCAGGAAACCACAGUUGCUGUGGUGAGCGCUGAGCUCCCGGAGCGAGGAGCUGUUGUUUGAGGGGUAAAAGGCUUUAGUGCCUGGAGGAGCCAACAUCCAAGGGCCUUGGGUGGGUGGCCACUAUCCAACAUCCCCCUGCUGAUGCUGGCAGACCAAGCAGAUCAGCGGACAGCUGCUGGUUCAGCUCCCCAGGGGCACUGGAGGUGACAGGGGGCCUCAGAGGGUGAGACAGGUGCCCCACUCCAGAUGGCCCUGCCCGACUGGCCUCUCAGGAAGGCCAUCUGGCCGCUGGUGUGAGGUCUCUGAGGUCCAGGCCCGUUCCUGGGAAGGAUUGUCCAGGUGGGCGGGCAGCAUGAUCAUCAGCCCCCUCAGCCCGGGCACCCGCCGGCGGCUUCUCCAGGGUCAGGCAGGCCCCUUGCCGGCGCCUCCAUCCAGCAGCGUGGCCAUCUUCAUCAGCUCUACGGUCUCAGGUAAGGGGCAGGGCCGGGCUGGGAGCUCAGGGAGUGCCAGGGUAACGGGAAGGGCUCGCAGGGUCUUCUAAGAGACCUGGAUGUGAAUGCAGCCUGAUCAGUGACCCAUGCUAGGGACUGGUGGAGAGCCUCCCUGACCCUCUGUUCCUCCUCGAUAAGGCAGGUUCAGAGCCUGACUUGAUAGAGUUGUUGGGAGUGGCAAACAAUAUUUCAACUAUUAUUAAUGAUGAGCAUUCUAUAUGCUAGGCAUAAAAAUCCCAGAGUCUUCCUACAGCUGCAAAACUGCAUGACUGGACCCUCCUCACUCCCCAACUUCACCUGGUGUGAUUCUCACCUUGACCACGUGUUGUCAUCAUACUGGGCUCCAGCAGGUCCUGGAACUCAUGAAGCCCCAGGCCCCAUCAGCUGUAGUUAUUCAGUUUAAGUGUUUAUUUAAUGCCUGAGUCCUCCAAUCAGGCUGUAAGUUCCAUGAAGAGAAAGAAGACAUGAUGUGUGCUGAUAAAUUUUUAAUAAUCUGUCCUCCAAAAUUAAACAGAAAAAACCACCAAAACACCUGACUCAUACUGUCUGCCAAUUUCCGUGGUGUAAAUUCUCCCACCAUGGUCAAUUUCCAGCUGCCAGUGUGGCUUUAUAAACACAGAAUCAGGGCAGAGAUGUGUGGUAGCUCACCAUUCUCUGAGAUUUUCCAAACACGAAGUCCCUAGUUGUAAACAAACUCAUGGUCAAACGUAGUAAAAUAAUGUAGAAGUGAUGAGUUCUGAGUAUUUGUGAUUUCCACUUUUACUGUAAUGUGUUCCAUCCUAAGUUCAGGUGGUUUCAUUUUUCUUAGUGGCGGUUUGAACAAAAUUCCUGAUGAUUUAGCAAUCAGCUCUCCCAGGCCAGCAGGGGCCCGGCUCUGAUAUACUGUGCUGUCCACGUAGGUCUUGUUUGCCAUUGUGCCCUUGAUACUGGGCAGUGUCUGGGCAUAAAGUAACUUCCAAGUUGAUAUUUUAUGGUCAAGUGUAACUUAUCUGUGGAAUUUAUAAGACAGCCAUGGGAAGAGGGUAGGAGACAGAUCCAAAGAUUGGCAUCCAGAUCAGGUCCUGUGCUGGGGACUGGGAAAUUUCUUUGUACCAGUGGCUUUGGGAGCCCUUGCAUGGACACUAAAGUGACUUUUCCCUGGCUACAUGGAGAAAACAAAUGCCUCUUGAGUACCUAUGUUGCAGUAAAUGCUUUUACUUGUAAGCCUCAGUGGUUCCACCAACAUUUAGUGAGCACCUGUGUUGAGUGUGGAGAAAUUAGCAAUGACCUAGAUGAGCAGAGGUUCUUGACUUUGGAGAGCUUGCAGACCUGCAAGGGCAGCACCCCAUUUUACAGAGAAGGGAAACUGAGGCUAGCCUGACACUUGGCACAGUGAAGUCAGGGAUGGGAAAAAGUCUUAAGAGUCCAGGUUUACCCUAAAUAGGGACGCCAGAUUUAGCAAAAAUAAAAAAAAACAUCACCAUGCUAUACACCAGAGGCUAACACAACACUGUAACUCGACUAUACUUCAAAGAAAAAAAAAUGAAAAAAAAUCCAAACCCAAACAGCAACAACAAAACCAAGACACACAGUUCAAUCUGCAUUUGAGACAUACAACGAGUAAUCGUUUAGUAUAAGUAUAUUCCAAACAAGGUGGGAGGGUAUAGCUCAGUGGUAGAGCACGUGCUUAGCAUGCAUGAGGUCCUGGGUUCAAGCCCUAGUGCCUCCAUUAAAAAUAGAUAAAUAAAACUAAUCACUGCCACCAAAAAAAUUUUUUAAACUUUAAAAAAGCAUAUCCCAAACAGUGCGCAGAAAGGGACAUACUUAUGCUAACAAAUGAUUUGUUGUUUAUCUCAAAUGCAAAAUGAACAGGGCUUAUCAGAAAUGCAAAUUCUGGAAUCCACGGAAUGGGCUAUACUUAUGCUAUCAGAUCUUUCACUGUUUAUCUGAAAUGCAAAUCAACUGGGAGUCCAGUAUGUUAUCUGGUAGCCCUAACCUAAAAUGACCAACCGUCCUGGUUAGCUGGGUUUAAGGGGUUUCCUGGAAUGUCGGUUUUAGCACUAACACCAGCAAAGUCCCUGGCGUGGUUGACCUCGUGCUUUUUGUAUCUUUUGAUUUGCCAGUGGAGGGGCGCAGCCUUGGUGGAAGCAAAUGAAGCUAAAAAUAGAGCUGUGGGCCAGGGAAGAGUUCUGGGUUCUUCCAAUUCAUCCUCCAUGCUGUUCCUUGCAGACAUGGAUGCAGAGAGGGAAGCCCUACAGAGCUCUGCCUACCCCGAAGUGCAGACCUUCUGCCAGAAGCACGGCCUGAUGUUCGAGGUGGUUGAUCUGAGGUGGGGAAUUAGGAACAGCGAGGCCACUGACCACAUGACCACGGAACUCUGCUUGGAGGAGCUUGACCGGUGUCGGAAAACGUCCAUAGGGCCAGCUUUUGUUGCCCUCAUAGGUGAUCAGUACGGCCCCUGUCCCAUCCCCGCCCUGAUUGAUGAGAAGGAGUGGGAGGCACUGAGGGCUCAGCUGACUGCCAGGCCACGUGACCUGGAGCUGGUGGCACGACACUUCCGGAAGGACGAGAAUGCUGUGCCCCCUACCUACCUGCUGCAGUCCCUGGGCAUCAGGGAGGCCCGUGGGCCCGAGGAGGCCACCCUGAACUCUGCACUGCGUUCCGGAGCCCAGGAGGCCUGGAGGCUGGGCCUCAUCACCCAGGAGCAGUGGCGCCGCUACCACCGGUCAGUCAUUGAGUGGGAAAUUGAACGGGGACUGCUGAGCUCGACAGACAGGGACCAGGGGGUGACCGUCUUCCUGAGAGAGAUCCAAGACCUCAACAAACACAUCCUGGAAGACUGUGCCCUCAAGAUGGUGGACCGGCUCGCAGACGGUUGCCUGGACAUGGACGCCCAGAACCUUCUCUGCAGCCUUAAGGGGCGCAUCACCGACAUGCAGCCUGGAGUUCUCAAGGCCCACCACCUGGCAUGGAGUCGAGACCUGGUGAACCCCAAAAACAAGGCUCAUGCCCGGUACCUGAAGGAGCUUGGGGAGCAGUUUGUGGCCAGAGCUAACCAUCAGGUCCUCGAGUGCCUCCGGGAGCUAGAGGCGGGCAGGCAGGAGUUGGCGUGGCUCUACCAGGAGAUCCGCCACCACCUGGGGCUGAGUGCCGAGGCCACCCGGACCUUCUGUGGGCGCCAGGAGCUCCUGGCCCAGCUGGGGCAGUGGCUCCGGGAGAGCAACAGCCAUCCUCACCCGCCUCUGGUGAUUUUUGGACCCCCAGGCAUCGGAAAGACGGCUCUGAUGUGCAAGUUGGCUGAGCAAAUGCCGGUGCUGCUCGGGCGCAAGACGGUGACCAUGCUGCGGCUUCUGGGGACGUCACAGAUGAGCUCCAAUGCCCGCGGCCUGCUUCAGAGCAUCUGCUUCCAGGUGUGCCUGGCCUAUGGGCUGCCCCUGCCCCCUGCCCAGGUCCUGGAGGCCCACACCAGGGUGGUCCAAUUUUUCCACACCCUCCUCCACACCGUCUCCUGCCGAAACUUCGAGUCCCUUGUGAUCCUGCUGGACUCAGUGGAUGAGGUGGACUCUGUCCACCGUGCUCGGAGGGUCCCCUGGCUGCCUCCCAAGUGCCCCCCGAGGGUCCACCUCAUCCUCUCAGCCUGCUCAGGACAGCGGGGGGUUUUAGACACGAUGCGGCAGGUGCUUACGGACCCAGGGGCCUACUGGGAGGUGAGACCCCUCUCCGGAAACCAAGGGCAAGAGAUGAUCCAGCUCCUGCUGGCAGCCUCGAGGAGGACACUGAGCCCCAUGCAGAGGGACCUGCUCUGGGCCAGCCUCCCAGAGUGUGGGCACCCGGGGCGGCUGAGGCUGGCCUUCGAGGAGGCCCGAAAAUGGGCCUCCUUCACCGUGCCCGCCCCACUAGCCUCCACCGCUAAGGAAGCAAUGCACCAACUGUGUGCCCGCCUGGAGCAGACACACGGGCAGCUCCUGGUGGCCCGUGUGCUGGGCUACAUCAUGUCUUCCCGGCACGGGCUCUCGGAGGCGGAGCUGAAGGAUGUGCUGUCCUUGGAUGAUGAGGUCCUGCAGACUGUGUAUCAGGACUGGACCCCGCCCAGCAAAGAGCUGCUGCGGUUCCCACCCCUGCUGUGGGUGAGGCUGCGUCGGGAUCUGGGUAACUGCUUGGCCAGACGGCCGGUGGAUGGCUUCACACUCCUGGCCAUCGCCUACAGACAGCUGGCUGAGGUGGUCAGAGAGCGCUACCUGUCCGGGCCCGAGAAAGCCAAGUGUCAUGGAGUUUUAGCCGACUUCUUCUCAGGGGCCUGGAGCCAGGGCACCAAGAAACUCAUCACCCUGCCGCUCAUGGAAAAGCCCCUGAACCUGGACCGCAAGGUGGCCCCUCAGCCCCUGUGGUUCUCAGACACGGUUGCAAACCUGCGGAAGCUGAAGGAGUUACCCUAUCACCUGCUCCACUCGGGCCGCAUAGAGGAGCUGAAGCAGGAGGUGCUGGGCAGCAUGAACUGGAUUUCCUGCCGAGGCAUCUCCGGGGGCAUUGAGGGCCUGUUGGAUGACUUUGACCUGUGUGCCCCUCACAUGGACUGUCCUGAGGUUGGCCUGGUCCGGGAAGCCCUCCAGCUGUGCCGCCCGGCCGUGGAGCUCCGAGGCAUGGAGAGAAGUGUCCUGUAUACAGAACUCCUGGCCAGACUCCAUUACUUCGCCACCUCACACCCAGCACUGGUGGGACAGCUAUGCCAACAGGCGCAGAGCUGGUUCCGGGUGUGCCCACACCCCGUGCUGGUGCCCCUCGGAGGAUUCCUCCAGCCCCCGGGAGGACCCCUCCGGGCCACCCUCACUGGCUGUCACAAAGGUAUCACUGCCAUGGCGUGGAGCCUGGAAGAGAAACUGCUGGUGGUGGGCACGCAGGAGGGCAUCGUGGCUGUGUGGGACAUGGAAGAGCAGCAGGUGAUCCACAUGCUAACUGGACACACAGGAGAGGUGAGAUGUGUGAAAGUGUUUGCAAAAGGGAUGCUCGCCAUCUCUGCCUCGAAGGACCAUACCCUGCGCUUGUGGAACUUACUCUCUGGCCAGGAGAAAUUCACCAUUUGGGAUGGAGGCUCAAAAGAUCCCACUGAACCACAGGUCUGGAGCCUUCAUGUGGAUGAAGCAAAGAAGGUUGUGUAUUUGGCAUCUAGCUCAAAGGUCAGUGCUUGGAAUCUGGAAACUGCAGCGCUGAUUUUCCGUAUCCUGGGAGAUGCCUCUGACCCCUGGAUGUUCACAGCAGCGCUGACUUCCCAGGCCAUGCUGCUGACCGUGUCCAGGGGUGACGUGGUCAGUCUGUGGAGCUCAGCCACAGGAAAACUGCAGAAGAAUCAACAUUUGUCCAGCGUCAAAGAAGAAACACUUACCUGUGGGGUCUCGGUUCAGAAACAAGGAAAGAUGGUGAUUGGGUUCAGCAAGGGCUCCAUCUCUUUGGUUUCCUCUGAAGGAGACAGCCUGCUGGAAAAGCUUCCAGAAGCUGUGGAGUUCCUGGUGGUCUCUGAAGAUGAGUCCCUUCUCGCUGCAGGUUUUGGGAGAUCCGUGCGGAUAUUCUUGGCAGACUCACAGGGGUUUCAUCGAUUCAUGGCCACAGACCUUGAACAUGAAGACACAGUGGAGACGGCUGUUUUUGGUCCUGAAAAUAAUCUGAUUGUCACUGGGUCCCGGGAUGCACUCAUUCAGGUGUGGAGUCUGUCAGAGCAGGGGACUCUGCUAGACAUCUUGGAAGGCGUUGGGGCCCCUGUGAGCCUGCUGGCCCAGGGUGGGGCCUUGGUGGCAUCUGCUUCCCAUCAGUCCUCAUCUUUUAAAGUCUGGGAUCUCACCUAUACUCAGAAGCCGAGGGCCUCUACCCCAUUUCUGGACCGCACAGGCCUCACUGCAGUGUCACACAAUGGAAGCUACAUUUACUUCCCUAAAAUUGGGGACAAAAACAAAGUCAUCAUUUGGGACCUGGCAGAAGGUGAGGAGCAAGAUGUCCUGGACACCUCCAAUGAGGUCAGGUGCCUGGAGGUCGCGGAACAGGCCAAUCUCCUUUUCACGGGCCUCGUUUCUGGGAUCGUCCUGGUGUUCCCCCUGAAUUCCAGACAGGAUGUGAUGUGCAUCCCCCCUCCGGAGGCCCGGAAAGCCAUCAACUGCAUGGCUCUUAGUAAGGACGAAGGGCACCUGGCCAUCGCCUAUGACAGCAUGGUCCUGGUGCUGGACAUCAGCCCUGGGGACCCCUGUCCGGUCAUUGACGGGCCAACAUACACCUUCUAUACCCAGCUGCCCGACACCAUCGCCAGCGUGGCCGUUCUGGCUGACUACCGCGUGAUCUACGGCAUGACCAAUGGGGACCUCUUCCUUUACGAGUGUGUGAAUUCCAAGGUGUUCCCACUGGAGGCCCACGGGAGCCAAGUCACCUGCGUGGAGGUCAGCCACAAGGAGCAGCUAGCAGUCAGUGGGUCCGAAGAAGCCCUUCUGUGUCUCUGGGACCUGCAGGCGUGCAAGUGGAAAUUCGAGAUGAGCUACACGAAUUCUUACUGCAGAGGAGUCCAAUGUGCUUCCUUCUCCAAGGAUGACAAGUAUGUCUAUGCAGGCUUGAAGGAUCGCUCCAUAAUCGUCUGGAGUGUGCUGGAUGGCGCACUGCUGGCGGUCCAGUUUGUCCAUGCCGUGGUGAACAGAAUCAUCCCAACCUCCAAUGGCCUCAUUGCCCCCAGCAGACAUGGCUAUCUCAUCCGUGAACGUUUCCAGUGCCCUUCAUCAAGAAUCUCACAACAGGACCCUCUCAAGAACUUCAAGAAGGCAGUGUGGAUGGUCAAAUCUAGGCAGAGAGAAGAGCUGGCAGCUGCUGCAGGAGCACUCCAGGACUCGAGAUCAGGGAGUGCCCAGGGAAACGAAUCCAAAUCAAACAAACGCUCACAAGUCUGCCUGCUAGUGUAGAAACCCCUCAUGGGCUCCAGUGAGGUUCGCCCCAUUCGAUCUGGCUGAAGAAAAGGGAAUGAAUGUGUUGCUGUAUAUCUGGACCCAAAGCCUCCAAUUAUGUGACCCAGACCUUGCUUCCCACCAUCAUUCUACUCUUCUCUCCUCCUUGUCAGCUCCAUUCACAGACCUUCCAUCCCCAGGUUAACAACAUGACAGCCAAGUUCAGUAGAAAAGAGAGUUUCCCUUACCCAACAGUUUGAACCAAAGUCCUGGCUGAGUCUGUUAGCUCCAGCUGGCUUACACACACAUCCUGGAACACAAAGCUAUCUCUGGGGAGAAUGCAAUACUCUGAUUGGCGGGCCUGAUCCAAUUCCUGUUAGGGCUGAGGAUGGAGUCAACACCGCCCAACUCUGUGGACUGAGAAUGGGAGAGGCUAUUCCCAGAGGGGAAACUGGAGUGCUGGUAUCUGGAGGCCAAAGGGGGAAAGAUGGAUGUGAAACCAACCAAACCACAAACAUGGACCACAGAGUUUUUCAGUUUAUAAAGCGCCAGGUGCUAUGGCCUGAUCCUUCUCACAGCCCACACUUCAGGGAGGGCAGGAGUUUCUGUGUCCAUUUUAUAGACAAGGGAACUGAACGUUGCAGAGGUAGCUGUGAUUUGCUCAAAGUCACGAGCCUGAGGUGCAAGAGCUCUGAGAAAUAAGAGCCCAGAGCCUCCCUGUCCCGAUCCUUGUUGGACCACCUCGCUCCGAUUUUAGACUCAGAAGCAUGACCAUCUAUUCCACGGGUACCACACUCAGAUGCUCCUAGGGGCCAGUGAGUAAUCUAGAUGAUUGCUGUGCACCUGGGUGGGCAGCAGAGAGUGAUGGUGACAAUAGGAACAGGGCACUGCUCUGUCUUGGGUGGACAUGGGUAUCCUGACUCUUCCUCAGAUCUGCCACAGGGAAAGCAUCCCAGUGCCAGAGCUUCCUGUUGUCGUAAGUAAAGCCAGAAAUCCAGCCUUUUAUGAGAAAUGUUCCCCCACCACUUUUUUUUUUAAAGCUGGUGAUUGGCUCAGAUUUACAUCUAUAGGCACAUUUGGCCUGUGUGUCUCUAGUUCAUGAGCUGACUCAUGACCCAGGCUGGCAUUAAAACAGGAAACCUGUUAUCAUUCUUCCAUCUCUACUCCCUGGCUCCCAAACUUGGAGGAUCAAGAUGCUUUUUAUCUUAAAAACUGGAGGCUCUUGGAAGCAGAUGGGAAGAGUUGCCGACAUCUCUCUGCCAUGCUUUUGGACCAUCUCCACCUUGUGCAAAUUCAACAGUCCAGCUGUUUCCGUUCUGCUUAAAUGGCUCUUUCUUCUUUGCGUGCUGCCUUCUACAAGCACCGCUUGCUUCUGGGGCUUUUGCCCCAGAGAGUCCAAACCUUCAAGAUGCUAUUCCUUUUCCUCUUCAUUGGAAUUCCAGAUAGAGUUUCAGAAAAAGCAACUUUAGAAAUAGAGGCUUUUGAGCUGGAUGUGACCCUACUGACGGUCUCAUUCAGUCAUUUUUCAAACUAGGGUUCCAAGGAGGGCUUUGGUAGUUCUGCAAAUUUUAGCAUCAAAUUCCAUUUUUAAAAAUAUUUUAAACUUUAAAUUUAAAGUGCACAUUGGGGGAGGGUGCCUAGAUCAAGUGGCAGAGCGCAGGCUUAGCAUGUACGAGGUCCUGGGUUCAAUCCCCAGUACCUCCAUUACACAUAAAAAUAAUAAAUAAAUAAAUAAACCUAAUUACUUCCCCCUGACAAAAACAAAAGUAAAUAAAUAAAUAAAAACAACAAUUAAAAAAAAAAUAAAGUGCACGCUGGGCAGCAGGUUUUAAGGUGUUGGAGAUAACUAACGUAGGGUUCUCCUGCCAUCUGCAUUUAACUUAGAUUGUGAGGGGAGCCCUUGACAAAAACAGCCACUCUGCCACCAUGUCUCUGUGAAUCAGGGAGUUACCCAACGCAGAAAUAAAGUGGAUGUGACUGAGUAUGAUUUCAGUUACAACUUCUGGCUUAAAAUGUGUGUACAAUUGCUUUGUACGUAAAUACGAAUUUGAACAUAGGAGAGACAUUUUUACUAAUAAAAGUCUACUCUAUACUGUUGCUUA